AUGACUGUCCGCUUCAAGGUGAGCAACAGGUGUUAGCAUUAGCCACAUUUAGCCGGAUUGACGGCAACAAAGCACGCGAAUCGGAGUGUUUAUGAUCUGAUUGUAGCUCCUUUACAAGGGAUAUAGCUAUGAAUAUAAAAUGCUUUAGUUCACUGCACAGAAACCCGCAGUGGACUGCAGAGUAGGAAGAUAUUUAAUCUGCUUCAUCAGAUAAUCCAGCUAAUCACUGUCAGAUUGACUCUUUGUCUGAGCUGUUAUUGAAAUGAAUGUGCAUUCAAGUAGGGUGGGAGUUACAUCAAAACGAGCAGUUAUAUGAAAACUUCACUUCUAUGGUCUUUAAUCAUUCAGGGGAGACUUGGGGCAGCUGCAAAAUCUCGUUGCUUCACUCUGCAACAUCCCUCAGAGAUAGUCACUUUGCGCAUGCUCAGUUAAUCCAACACUGACCGAGAGUACAGGGUGAAACUGCUGCUGCUUGUUUGUGUCUGAGCCCCUGAAGUGAAAGGAAAAAAAGACUAUCCUGUGUGCUCAAUACAGUAAACUGGACGAAACUCAAAACCAUCUUGUAGAGGAGAGUCGGUUAAGAUGAGCCGUUUUUCAUAUUUCAGAUCACUACAAAAAGGCAAUCAUAGUUUUGUCUUUAACUAGUGUAUCUGCAUGUAUUUCAAGAUGUUGUGCAUCCCUGCAAACCAACAGAAUGAGUGUAAACAUAACAGUCUUGAUGAUAUAGCAUGACAAAAAAAGUGGUCUCCUAUGGUCAACUUACCCUGUGUAUAUGGGGUAAGUUAACCAUAAGUAAGUUGAGCCUUAUCCCUACAACCCGUGGCUGAUGUGGCUGAUGGUUUCCAUGGCUGGAAGUGUUUGAAUGUUUUGUGCAUCAUUUUAUCAAACAAUAAACUCAACUUACCUGAACCACCUUUGUGUGUUUGUUUCAGUGUCAGAGUGAAUACCAGAAAAGCUACAGUUCCUCUAGAGCAAGAAGUGUUUCCCCUCAGCGUUGUGCCCCCUUUGCUGGUCUGCGCUCUGACCAGAUGGGUAAGAAUCAUUUGAAAGAGCUUUAAAACUAAAAUCUGAAAUGAAACCAAGAAAUGGCUUGAGGUUGUUUUAUAAUUCCAAUUCAGGUUUUCAUCAAUGCAUAAAGAGACUUUGACUAAGCAGCUACUUAACAAUAAAACUACUGAAACAAUUUGAAAUCAGAAUAUUAUCUUUGAACCUUUGAGUGUCUAAAUCAUCCAGGUCAGCCUGAACCAGAAUCUAAAAAGAAAAAAACCAAACAGAAUAUGAUCACUUCUAUUUUAUAAUUCUCAUUUUCAGUCAUUUUUAACCUAUUUCUCUCAGGUAUCAUCAGAGAACCAUGUCUUCAGCGGAAGAAGAGGCUUGGUCCAGGCGGUCUCUCUCAGUCCUGCUGCUCCCUCCUCUGUCCAGCAGGAUCACAGAAAUCUCUGAAUGCACUUAAAACAGCUUCCCCUGCCGGUAGGGAGCUUUCAUAACAGACCCAUCAUUAUUUUUUAUUAGAUUAAAAAACAUCAGAGCUCUAUAGAGUCACUUGUUAGCAUUCUGAAAGCCGGUUUGGCCUCUAUAGGACAUCUUGGAGCAUAUCUGGACUCAAAGUAACACUGAGUUUUUAGUUCUAUAUCAUUUAAUAGAGCUGAACAAGCUGGCUUCUUUUUGCAAGUUAUCGAUCAUUAGAUUGAUAACUUGCAAAAAAGAGAUGUUCUUAAAUGUUUAAGCAGGGGUCACGGUAGCUUUAUUGUCAAUUCUGCAAUAUGUGUAACACAUACAGAGAUUAAAUUGCAUUACUUAAAGGCCCAUGGUGCUAUAGUGAACAUUCAGUCUAAAAAUAGUAACAUGCAGUAUAAAAAUGAGUAUAAAAGUAUAAAUAGAUUGUAAAAAUAUCAUAUUUUAUAUCUCUUUUGAAAACAGCCUCCAGAAGUCGCUCGGCUAACAGGAGGGAAUCCUCUCAAGGACUGAAACCUCCUACACCUUCAGGUGAUGGGGCAGACCCUGAACCUGCUGCAGAGCCUGAAACUCCAGCAGGACCUCGACCUUCUGCAGACCCUGACCCACCAGAGGAACAAGGAGCUGCUGAAAAAUCCAGUAAAAGUAAAUCACAACUCCCUGCUUUCUUUACUCUCCUACACCCAUUUUUAAAAAGUGUUUUUAAGUUAGUGUAAUUUUAAGGUCUCACAGCGUCAGUUCCUAAAGUUGUUUUUAUUCUGUCUCUUCAGUGCAGCCCCAGCCCUCGAAGUCUGACAGCCAAUCAAAACUGAGCCGACCUUUAACAGCAGAACCUGGUGGACAGAAGACCUCAGCCAAUGAGGUGAGCCAAAAUGUAUAAGUAAACCUAGAUCAGUGUGUUUGUGGUAAACUAACCUCAACUAAAGUAUCAGUCAAAAGUCUCAUCUUUUUCUUUUGUAACAGGUACAGCGCUCUCUGCGAUGGAAGGCAGGGCUGAGGCCAGGAGGUCAAAGGUUAGGAGGUCACCAGUCAGAAUACAACAGACAGUUUGGCUGGAAGAAACCUACAACUUCUGCUUCACCAUUACUGACUGCAGAACAGGUGCUUCAUACCUCAUACACCUUGAUUCUACUUUUAGCAAAUGAAUACAACAGGUACUUUGCAUUCAUCACUGAAAGGCAUGUAGUACAGCUAUGCGACCACUAGGGGGAGAUAGAAGAGUUGCAUAAGAACUCAUCUGUGAUCAGUUAGACUUAAUGUGGGAUAUUAAAGCAAUCAGUGGAUUCUGUUGGUGAGAUUUUGACAGAUUAUAUGAGCAUUUGGGACAAUAACUUAUUUUCUGGUUUAUGUUAUUGUUCUGUGUUUGACUUACUGCUGACCUCUGACCCUUCCCCCCUGCAGGUGCUGUACUCCAGCAGCAGGUCUGUGCCCCCCUUUAAAAAGAACCCUGUUCCACUCGACACGGAAUACCGCCAGAGUUACAAAGGUGUGGCCCCACCCACUGGACUUCGCCUUCGGAAACACCUGGAACAACAGAGGAUCCCCCUGUUCCACACACACAUGGUACACACACAUAUAUGGACAAAUACACACUCACACUUAUUUUUAUACUCAAAGAACUGUUGAAUAGAUGUGGAGAAACAUCAUUGACCACGGGUAUGUAACACUGGGUGACUGGGUAUAGAAAGGACAUUCAGAGAGGCUGAGUUUACCAGCACUCUGUAAGAGACUGCGUGAGCAACUAGUGCAACACUUAUAUAUAAGUGGAUCUGAUCAUCUACAUAAUGAUAAUAAUAAUAAUAAUAAUAAUAAUAAUAAUAAUAAUAAUAAUAAUGCAUCGGAUUUCAUAUAGCACUUUAUCAGCAGCCUUCAAAGUGCUUUACAUCAUUACAUACAUCAUAUAUAUAUACAGUAUAUACACAUACACAUACACAUACAUAAACAUAUACAUCAUUCCUUCGCUCACACAGUCACACUCUGGUGGUGGUAAACUACCUUAGUAGUCACAGCUGUCCUGGGGCAGACUGACAGAAAUGCGGUUGCCAAUUCGCACUUACAGCCUCUCCGACCACCACCACACAACAUUCACAAUCAUACACCAGUGGAGGACACACACUGGGAGCAAGGCGGGUUAAGUGUCUUGCCCAAGGGCACAAUGGACAGACUAGGGAUAGGGCGGGGAUUGAACCGCCAACCUUCCAGUUAUUGGACGACUGCUCUACCUCCUGAGCUACUGCUGCCCUCUACAGUACAUACAUUCAUUGAAAGAUUCAGAGGAUCUGGAGAAAUCUCAGUACAAAAGGGACAAAGACCAAAACCAAUACUGGAUUGUGUGAUCUUUAGGUCCUCGGGCAGCACUGCAGUCAAAACAGACUAGACUCUGUAGUGGAAAUCACUGCAUGGGCUCAAAAUCAUAUAUUUGUCAACACGAGAAGCUGGGUUGUUGGGAUAGAUCAAUGAAAGAUCAUGAUUUCAUCAGAAAAACAUCAAAUUAAAUUAAAUUUUGACAAAUUGAGAGGAGAGACUGAUGUUCUUUAUUUCAGACAAACUAACUUCAGUCAUUUCAGUCAGAACAGGCUUUUUGGAUUGUUAAAUGCAGCUGCUACAUUUCACUGAUUGAAAGAAAGUUGGUCUGUUAACUUUUUCAUCAUCCCUGCAGUGAAAACAAGGGAAAUUUCAACCCAAUGAGACAUUUUUUUGUUCGUCUUUGUCACACAUAAGUGUAAAUCUGAUGUUUUAAUAUUUUUGGAACACUAGUAGUUACACAAAACAUGGCAUGAAACCAAAAAGCCUUUUUUGUCUAUUAUGUGAUGCAGGCGAUAAAAAUAUAAUUCUAACAGUGUUUGGCUCCUUCACUCUGAGAUGUUUUCAUCUACAGACCAACAAAAAGAGGAGGGAGGAGACAGAGAAGAAACCAUGCGCUGCAGAAGGUGCCUCCUCACCUGUGAAGGACAAUGCUGCACCCCCCACACCUCCUCACAUGCAGAGAGGACACAGGUGGGUUUCCUUAUGAAUGAGUUUGUGAAUUCAUGACAUUUAUGAAGUUGUCUGUCUGUCUGCCUGUCUGACAGAAUCUUGACUUAGUCCAUCUUUUAUUCUCCGCUCUGCAGGAUCUCAGAGGAAGGCGGAGCCUCGGAUGGCGUCACCCCUCAGGUCAGAGUCUCUGCUUGUAAAAUGUUCAUCUUAACACCUUGAUUAGUGCUCAGAUUUAUGAAGGUUCAAUGCUUCACAAACCAAACUGCAAAGAAAAUAACUCUUUGUGUACGUGUUGUAUGCACACAUUUAAAUAAGCCAUUAUGCAGAUGUGGAAAAUAAUAUUCCCCUCAUCUUCACAAAUGAGCGUCAUUGCAGCACCAGCACUUACAGCCACACAUAAUGAAACUGUUUCUGUCUGCUAAAAGCUGCUGAUAUUCACUCUUCAGCAUUCAUGAGCGUUAUUAUUCUCAAACUCUCAAAGUAAUCAAAGUAAUGAUUCCACCUCUGACUGAUUAGAAAUAACAUAUCUGUUCAAGAAGUCUUUUCAGUUGCUUGUACAUCCUUAUUUUGGAUGAUACCAAUUUUGAUAACCUGGUGUUAAAUUGUUUUGGACAGUCUGUGUCUCAAUACCUGCACAUAGAAGUCAAUGCCGUUUCUCAUGACGCAAUGGCACAAUGAACCAGUAAGGAAUAUUCCUGUCCAUCCACCUCAUCAUGCAGGCUAAACGGAAACAAUCUGAUACUGUAAGGAUCAGAUAUGCAGCAGAGUGUGGAGAUACUUACAAGGGCCCCACCGAUAUGGGUUUUUGGGGCCGAUUACCGAUUUAUCGGCCUAUAUUUAUAUUUUUAUGUAGAUAUACUGUAGGUUACUGCUCUUCACGCCGACAGGAAGACCGACCGACUGAUCAAACUCGGACCAGAAAAGCCCCCCCCCCCCCCCCCCCCCCCCCGUUGAUCGGUGCCUCUGCAGCUUAACUCACGCUAAUCAUUUCCGGUCCGGUCUCAUCUGGAGACAUACAGCUGCCUCAGUAAGAGAGGUAGCUCGAUCACGUAACGUGUACUGUUGUUUAUUCUACCGUUACUGGCACGGCUAACAGUGUAGCAGCAGAUGGCUAACUCUAACUUUAGCUUGCAUAUUACAUGGUGCUUCACCGUUAACUUGGCAUGACCGAGACCAGCACAGCGGGGAACACCAGGAAGUGGGUUGAACUGAAACUUGUUGACUUAUUGUCUACUUCACGAAGUAGUUUAUUUACCGUUGAGGCGGACCACUCUCCUCUGUGAGUCCCUGAGCUGCCUGCUUCAGAUCCGUCACUCUGCUGUGCUGUGAGGUAGUUAGUGGAUGAAGAUUGUCAUGAGGUCGUUGAGUCAUCUACAGGAUAAGUCGGAGAAACUUUUUCAAAUGGCGGAACAUUUUCGAAGUGAAACCGAAUCUUAUUCUCUGCAUUUAUUUCCGAAAAUAUCGGCGAAAAUUGGCAAGUUUUGGCCGAUUACCGGAUAAGUCUCAAACGGGCUAAAAUUGGCCGUAAUACUCACAGCUCACUGUAGACACAGUAAAACAUAAAAUUGGAGCAAACUGCUCAGAGCUGUAAACUUUGUGUGUUUUUGCCCUAGAGUAUCAUUAGUGCAAUGUACUUAGUCCAACUCUUGCAAUUUCCGGCACUGCUAACAGCUGCGAUCAAUUCUUAGCUAAUUACCUGCUGAGUUUUCAGAAGUUGUAUCUUGUAGACAAUAACAGUCCUGAACAACAGGUGAAAGUGUUCUCACAUGAGUAUUUAAGCAAAAUGCAAAAGAAUGAAUGUAUAAUAUGAACAAAAUGUUUGUUCAAGCAAAACUAUAAAGACACUGUACUUCCAGAAACUGUGGGAUAAACAGCAAUGACCAUGUGUGGAGGACUGUCUCUCAACAAUGCCUGACUUUGGUUUCUGCCACACAAGUUGAAGUUCCAAAACACCUCAGAGAUAAACAGUAUUUUUGAAAGAAUCCGAUCUUUUUGGAAACACUGCAAGGAACUCUCAGACAAAAUGCAACCAAAUUAGUGACAAAUCCUUAAAAACUAAAAUAAAAACCCAAAAACAAAGACAUGUUGAAAAUUACUUCUUUUUUAAGUGCCCUAUGAUUUCUCUCUGAUAUUUGUCUGAGCUCUUGAUGUGUUGAUAUAAGCUUUUUACGAGACAUCUGAAAUGAACAGGUCACAUCAAAGGGCUUUCUUCUCUCACUAACUCAGAGACACCCUUCCACAGAUUCUCAAAUUACACCCGAGCAACUCUACAGCCACCCACAUUUUCUCAAGAUCACUUUGCUCUUGAUUAUGUCAUACAACAUCUGAUUUUAUUUCAGUUUUUGUGGCGCAUUAUCUUCACCCAGUUCAUCUACUCUCGAUCUCUGUAACCUGAUUUAUUGGGUUAAAAUAUCGUAAAAUUUUGCUAUGUCCCUAAAGUUACAUGUUGAUUUUUGUCUAGCUAAGCUGUGUCUGUUUGUGCAUGUUUGUUUUCGGUGUGUUUGCUGAUGGAAAACUUGAGUACAGAAGGUUAGCAGUAAAAACCACAAAGCUUCAUUUCAGGGAAACACCUCACUGUUAGUCAAACAGACACACACACAUAAACUCACAGGUAGGUUCCCACCAGUCUCAAGGAAAGUGUUGCUGAGGAAGGGGGAAUCUGCCGCUGCAAGAUGAGUUGUUUUUAGACUACAUUAAAAAAUAAAGAUUAAAGCUGAAAACACAAAGACUUUCAGAUAAAUAGAAUCAAAAAAUGCAGUUUCAAAGUUUUGUACCCUGCAGAAGAUGUAAACAAGCUGACAUAAAGUAUUGCUUGUGAGAUAAUUUCAUUAUUAAAACAAAAUAGAGUUUUUUACACUCCCUUGACCUUAUGAUCGCCUCUUCUUCCACUGGUACUGCACAUAUGUUGCUCUCGACAAAGACAGGAAAGAAGUGAGAAGAUUCACUCACAAGUUAAUUUCAUGUACAUUAUGUGUUGGAUUCAGGUAUGCUGGUCGGUUUUGGGCCAUUGAGACGCUGCUUGCAAGCCCAGGGUUUGGCUCCAGGGUUUCUAAAUGAAAAGCCUGGUCACAAACUAAACUAUGGUAUUCUAUCGUAUCAUAUCAAAAUGUAACAUAAUGUAUCAUAUGCCAUCUUAUCAUAUUGUGUUGUAUCAUAGCAUAUCAUAUAUUGUAACAUAUCUCAUGACAUAUAUAAUAUUGUGUUAUAUGAAAUGAAAAAUAGCAUAUCAUGUUUCAUCAUACUGUAGUGUAUUGUAUCUUAUGUCGUAGCAUAUCAUAUCAUACUGUAUCGUACUAUGUCAUAUGCUAUCAUAUCAUUUCAUACUGUUUCGUAUCAUGUCAUGUUGUGACACACUGGACUACAUAAAAGAAAGGAUGUUAAAGUUGCUUCGUCUGGUCAUAUUUAAAAUGUUGCUUAUAUUACUACAAAAUUCCACUUGUUGCGUGCAGAAGAAACGUGCUGUCGUGAAUUUUCAGUUGCCUUGCUCUGAAGUGGUUCCUGCUUGCUUUAAUGAGAGUGGUUAAAACUGGAAAAACCCCACACCACCAUGUGCAGAUACCAGCUCAUCAAUUCUAUCUCAGAGUGAAAAUCAAAUCACAAGAAUGACAGCUGAACUACACUGAGCGUCAAUCGGAGAAGAAUGAAUAUUUAGAGCUGUUAAAAUGUUCCUGUGAGAGUAAAAACAGCCUGAAGUCAGUCUUGUUGAAAUUAUGAACAAAUUUGAUUUCUGAGAUUCUGAGCAAGAUAGCAUAAAUAGCAAGAAUAUCAAUAGUUGAUAUUUAAAACAGGUGCAGAAAUAACACUAGCACCUGCAAAAGGUCCUCUCCCCUGUAGCUUUUCUGUCUGUGUUUUCCUCUAACUCAACCAGCUCUGUACUUCUGCCUCAGCCGAUUUUGUCUUCUCGUCUGUAUUUGCUUUAUUCCUGUUUUCUUCAGUUUGGUUGAUGCCUCCCUCACUCAACUUAUUGAGUGUUAUGACAUCCCUCGCUAGUUUAUGGGCUGUUUACCUCAUGUUGCUGGUCAACUACCCUGAUAUUUGGUGGCAUCCAAAUAAGUUGGGAGAAAUAUUUAAAAAAUGCUGUCAGCAAUUUAUGUGUUUUUGUUGCAUGGUCAACAAGCAGAUGUAAAAUUUUCCACACUUAGUACAAACCUUUGUACAAACCUAUAAUACCCUAUUGAUACUCAAAAACAUUCAUUUUACAUGUUUUAUUCAGUAAAUGUGUAUAUUUUUACUGUAAAUUCCUGUAUAGUUUCCUGACAGUAUGAGUUCUGCUGUUUAUUUUGGUCCCUAUUUUAUACUUAGUUUUAUUUCUGCACCAAAAACACUAAGACAAAUUUCAUGCAAAUAUACAUUUUCGUUGCAACAACCUGAAUCUUAUUCUGCAACAGCAUGCAGACAGUGCAGAGACUUCCAGUGUAUUCUUGUUCCUUCUGAUUUUGUUUUCAGUUGUGCUUGAGUUCCUGCACAUUGUCAGAGUUUACCUGUGGAGCUGCAGAGAAAAACUAACAGUUAAACUCAUGAUUCUUCAGCUUUUUUAACUGUUUUCUAAAACUGUGAAACAGAGAUCAGAGAGUCUGUGGGCGAUGUUGUGAUGAGGGUCCAAUUAACUUUCCAUCUCUGCGGUGGGUCUUCAAAGUGUUUCAGUUUGUGUGUGUGUCGGGUGGAGGGAGCUGUGAGCUGACGUCAGAGGAAACAGCCUGAGCAGCACUAUUAGAGCGUCAUACUUACGGCUCGUCUCAGGGCUGAGGUUUACAGACGGGGCUGAGGUUAGCUCUGAAUACAGGGCAGGGGGUUAUCCAAGGCUUGGUCUGGGGUCAGGGGCGGGUUAUUGCUGGGUUUACCAGAAUUUACAGCAAAACAUUUCAAAGCUGGGUCAAUAAAAUUAUAAUUUAUUAAUUUGUGCUGAAAUUUGAAGCUCUUUUGACGCAGACUCGCAGACUUUUCUUCAUCAUAGUGUUUGCGUCUGACCUUUUCGGUAACUCAAAGGUAGUCCCUGUUCAGUGAUGCACAACAGCAAACAUGAUUUUACAUAUCACAGUCCUUUUUUACUUUCUGACAGUCCUGGAACUGUUGUGUUUACUGAUGUAGACAAACUGCAAACGUUAGAAAUAAAUGUAGCUGACUGGUUGACAGGAACCGUGAGACAAAUGGUAUUGUAAAAAAAAAAAAGAAACUCAGAGUAAAGUAUGUUUUUCUUAUCUCUUCAUCAUUUUGUCAGCAGAAAAUCUGUUUAUAAAGAUGCAAGAAGCGGUGAGAGAGAAAGAAUGAGAAAAAAAAAAUGAAGUCAUUUUGUUUAAAGCAGGAAAAUGAAUCAGAAAACACUCCACAGACAACUUCUGAGCCAAACUACCAUCAGGAGACUCUACUUUAGCUCUCAUUUCCUUUUUGAUGCUCUAUGUUACUCUGAUCCCAGGGUACCUUUUGGUUUCUGUGACUGUUUGGUGUGAAAUAACUUUGUGUUUUUCCAUCCAGGUGACAGAGUUAAGGCAGAAAGCCUUAUCGUACCGUCAGAGAGCCUGGGGAGCUAAUUUCUCCAGAGAUCACCUGAGCCAGCUGCUGUCUGAACACAACGCUCUGUGGGAGCCAACAGACACCACAACAGACUCAGCUGCUGGCCUGCCCAGCCCCCGGCCAACCACUGACCUCUGUCCUGAGCCAGAUAGCCGCAGCGAUUCUCAUGUGGAGGCCCUGGACCUGCCCAGGUAAGACACAUCAGGGUCAAAGACAAACAGUUGGAAGAAAACCAUCUGAGCUGAGUCUGAGGGUCUGUUUUUGUUUUCCUGUCGCUUCAGUCUCUCCAGUAAAAGAUCCUCUGUUUUGGGUUUGGAAGAAAUACAAAAUAACAACAAAAACCCAGAGUCAAAAGCUCAGUCACCCACAAGUCCUCCUCCUGAAAGAUGUACAGCCUGGGCAGGAGAGGAGGAGGAAGAAAACACAGAUGAGUAAGAGCUUCUCUGCACAGACAUAACACUUUCUCUGAGCUCAAACGGCUGAAUUUAAACAAUGUAAACAUUCCCACUGCCACACAGUCAACUUUAAAUGGCAAUCCUUUCCUGUACAGACAAAAUCUCAAUGAUGUUAUCUUAAAUUCUAGCAAUUUUUACAUUAAACCGACAGCCUGUUGGGGAUUUGAAACCACUGAUGAUAACUUCGAUAAGAAGCUACUCAGGUGCUUUUGUGAUGGGAUUGUCCACCCAGGACGGCUUUGACUGCAGCUCGUUCUCCAUUUUUGUGGAAAAUUAUCUCUAAUUCAAUGUUAGUUUACCGAGGUCAAGAGUUUCAUUCAAUGGUCAGGUUACGAUGAGAGUGUUCUGUGCAAACUACUUCAGAUGGCCUGAUGUGCUGAUAAACUGCAUUUUGAAUUUGAUCGGCUCAUUAUAGUUCAGAUAUGACUCAAAGUUUGUCAUUCUUUCAGGGUCAAAAGGAGUUCCCCAAGGGUCUGUGUUAGGACUACUACUUUUUAAUCUUUACAAAUAUGAUAUAAAUCAAAACGUGGCCACUGUGGUGUACUGCUACGUAUCUACCUCAAAGUCAUUUUUAAGCUGCAGCUUGCUUUCAACACUGUUUAUCACCAUUUUCAUGAUUCAAAGCUUAUUUUAAAUGCAGACAAAGCUGAAAUCAUGCUGUUUUCAAAUGCAAAAUCCAAAUCGCCAGUCCUUCGAUCUUUACUUCACAGGGCACAUCAACUGAGUUUGUGGCUCAGUUCAGGUAUCUUGGUAUUUUACUUGAUGAACUCUUUCUUCAAAGCCAAAGUGUCCCAGGAUGAACCAAAACUUCUAUUUUGGUGUAAUAUUUACUUUAAAUGAAUGCGCUGGUAUCUGGGACAGACGCUGUUUCAGCAUAUCAAGAAGAAAUGUCUUAUAGCUGAUACAACAGAAUCACUGAAACGUUGUCAUCCUGCACUCAGCUCAUCUAAAACCACACAGCUUUCUCUGGAACUGUUGCAACGUGUUUGUUUGUUUGUGCGUGUGCGUGUGUGUGUCUGUGUCUGUCUAGGGAGGAAGGACGGUUGCCGACUCCAAAGCUGAAGCUUCUACCCGUGCAGAGAACUCACCAUGACCUCACCACACCUGCCACGGGUACACAAACACACACUCGUACACAUGUACUACUACUAUUGUACAAAAAUGACAAUUCCACCUACAGUGUGCUGUUGUAUUGCUAUCAUGCGGUCAUUACUAAAGUUGGUAUAACUAGAGAAGCAAGCAGUCGGAAACAUUCAUCUCUCGAGGGGGUGUCUAACUCGGUGUUACGGUGUGUUUGACCCUAAAUUAAUUUUACGCCAGAAUAUCCCUUUAAUCCCUCUGCAUAGCUGGGCAACCCUCAUUGUUUACAAACAGGACAAAGACAGAAAAAGAAACAAUUCAGUGUUUGACCUGACCUCUGUUUCUCCUCUAGGAGGUGCUAUACUGGUGGGAAAGCUGACAGGCAGUGAUAGAUCUUCUCCCAGCAAACAACAGGUGAAAUCAUCCGCUACAUUUCAUAUCAUUUUAUUAUUUUGUUUUAUUAUUUUGUCAAAUCAUUCACAUAAUCAAGUAUUUGAUCAAACUUCUUCAUGACACCAAAGUGUUUUUGUUUUCAGAGGUCAGUUUCGGCUGUUUCCAUGGCAGCAGAGAUGGAGACAGCUGGUGGCAUGCCAGGCAAACCAAAGGAGGCAUGGUCGGAGAAUAACCCCUCACACCCGGCUUCUUUAGUCCCCUCCCCUCAGCAAAAAGCAGCCGCCAGCCCACCAUCCAAACCAGUCAAGACAAAGCAAACACCUCCCUCCCCUGCAGCUCCGCCCCCUUUGAUCCCACCUCCUCUGCAUGGCAUCCAGGGUACCAUGAGACAUCCGGACUUCCAGCAUAAUGGUGAGACCCGGUGUUUAUUAUCUGACACAGCAAUAAAAAACAAAAAACAAAAAACCCCAGCUUGAACCCUUUUCGUUCUGACACCCCAAAAUCUCAGAUUGUACGAUAAUGGUAACCCUCUGUGAAAAAUAAAGUGAUUAUUUAAAUUUGGUAUAUUUCCUAAAUUUAUCAGGUUGUCUUGACAAAAUAACCUGAAAAAUGACAGUGAGUUGAUUCAGGUUUUUAGAUAUGACGAUGAGUGCGGAACAAAACAAAAACAGAAAUUUAUUUCUUCACUUUAUCCAUAAACAGUUGAAGUAAUAUCAUAAUAAAACUUUCUUCCUCAUGAUUUAAUAUUUGUGUUGUUAAUUAUUGAUGGUCUUGUGAUUCUUAUCUGCAUGUCCUCAGGUGAGCUCGGUCUGAGGUUCAGAGGGCUGCCGUGUUCAGGAGGCGGUUGUGGUUCAGAUGAAGGUAAAAAAUUUAUUAAUUUAUUCACACAGAAAAUCAAAACAAUUCAGGGGAAAAAAAAAAAAAAACAUCCUUCUGUCGCUUAGACGACCGUCUAUCAGUGAUGUCAUGGCGCUCUGCAGCCUCCUGCUCCAUGGUGUCUGCUGUGUUGGAGCGCGCUCAGAAGAGACGAGAGGACUUCUGGGGAAAGAAAUGA